AUGCUCAGAGUUGUUGCGUGUCAAGUCAAAUUUGGAUUUGUAAUUAGCAGUGUCUGUUGUGGGAGUUCUGGUGAUCAGGAGUGCUGCCAGAGGUGUGGGUUGUUGCUAGAGACUAAUUUAAAAUUGUUCACGUGGGCUGGCGUCCUCUGUUGCUUGAUAUGGAAUGGAUUUGCUCAGCAAGGUGGAAGUGACUGCAUAAAAGCUAAUGCAAAAUCAUGUGGUGAAUGUAUACAAGCAGGACCAAACUGUGGUUGGUGUAAAAAAACAGACUUUUUGCAAGAAGGAGAACCAACAUCUGCCCGAUGUGAUGACUUGGCAGCGCUAAAGAGUAAAGGCUGUCCUAUGGAAGAUAUAGAAAAUCCCAGAGGUAGCAAACAGGUGCUUGAAGACAGAGAAGUAACGAAUCGUAAGAUAGGUGCUGCAGAGAAGCUGAAACCAGAGGCCAUUACACAGAUCCAGCCACAAAAAUUAGUACUGAAACUAAGAGUCGGCGAACCUCAAACAUUUUCAUUAAAAUUUAAGAGAGCUGAAGACUACCCCAUUGAUCUGUAUUAUCUUAUGGAUCUCUCCUAUUCUAUGAAAGAUGACUUAGAGAAUGUGAAAAGUCUCGGAACGGCUCUGAUGUUAGAAAUGGAAAAAAUAACUUCAGACUUUCGAAUUGGCUUUGGCUCUUUUGUGGAGAAAACUGUGAUGCCAUAUAUCAGUACAACACCAGCCAAACUCCGAAAUCCUUGUACAGGUGACCAGAACUGUACGAGUCCAUUUAGCUAUAAAAAUGUGCUCAGCCUUACCAGUGAAGGAAAUAAAUUCAAUGAACUUGUAGGUAAACAGCACAUUUCUGGGAAUUUAGAUUCUCCUGAAGGUGGAUUUGAUGCAAUAAUGCAGGUUGCAGUUUGUGGGGAACAAAUUGGCUGGAGAAAUGUUACAAGACUAUUAGUGUUUUCCACGGAUGCUGGAUUUCACUUUGCAGGAGAUGGUAAACUUGGUGGAAUUGUUUUACCAAAUGAUGGGAAAUGUCACCUGGAAAAUAAUAUGUACACAAUGAGCCACUAUUAUGAUUAUCCUUCUAUUGCUCAUCUGGUACAGAAACUCAGUGAGAACAAUAUUCAGACAAUCUUUGCUGUUACGGAAGAGUUUCAGGCAGUUUAUAAGGAAUUGAAAAACCUGAUACCUAAAUCUGCAGUGGGAACAUUGUCUUCAAACUCCAGCAAUGUGAUUCAGCUGAUCAUUGAUGCGUACAAUUCCCUUUCUUCAGAGGUUAUCCUAGAAAACAGUAAGCUACCAAAAGGAGUGACAAUCAGUUAUAAGUCUUUCUGCAAGAAUGGAGUGAAUGACACACAAGAAGAUGGAAGGAAAUGUUCUAACAUUUCAAUUGGAGAUGAGGUUAAAUUUGAGAUUAAUGUAACAGCUAAUGAAUGUCCAAAGAAAGGACAAAAUGAAACAAUUAAAAUUAAACCACUGGGAUUCACUGAAGAAGUGGAAAUUAAUCUCCAGUUCAUCUGUGAAUGUCAGUGUCAAAGUGAAGGAGAACCUAAUAGUCCAGCCUGCCACGAAGGAAAUGGAACAUUCGAAUGUGGUGCAUGCAGGUGUAAUGAAGGACGUAUUGGAAGACUAUGUGAAUGUAGUACAGAUGAAGUAAAUAGUGAGGAUAUGGAUGCUUACUGCAGGAGGGAGAACAGCACAGAAAUAUGCAGUAACAAUGGAGAAUGCAUUUGUGGACAAUGUGUGUGCAAGAAAAGAGAAAACACCAAUGAAGUGUAUUCUGGCAAAUAUUGUGAAUGUGAUAACUUCAACUGUGAUCGAUCAAAUGGUUUGAUUUGUGGAGGAAAUGGUAUCUGCAAAUGCAGAGUGUGCGAGUGUUUCCCCAACUUCACUGGUAGUGCAUGCGAUUGUUCUUUGGAUACUUUUCCGUGUAUGGCAUCUAAUGGGCAGAUCUGCAAUGGGAGAGGAACCUGUGAAUGUGGCACCUGCAAUUGUACAGAUCCCAAAUUCCAAGGCCCAACAUGUGAAAUGUGUCAAACUUGCCUCGGUGUCUGUGCAGAGCACAAGUAA